CAUAUUCCCACCCUUAGUGAUGCUGAUAGGAUUGGUGCUAAUGACCCUCCUGUCCCCCCUCCUCUCUGCAGAAGAAGUCAAGUUCGCAGUGGCAAAAGUGGGAGAGCAACAGUUCUGUGUUGGGUACAGGACCACAUCGUGGACUCAACACAGGUUUUCUCCUUCGUCACAUCAAAGCUACAGAAUCCGGGUCUGUUCGCGCAACAUCUCCACCACUGGAUACAGUAUAAUUACAGGAACUGAUCGUGUAACUGAUAACAUCAUACCUGCCACUCUGAUUGAUCAAUCAUGUGAUAUUUCAGAUAUUUCAGUGGAGAGUCACGUGUUCGUAAAAUCACCAUUUUCCAUUUCCCUGACGGAGAAACUGAAUGCAAGCUAUUUUACUAGCGUUAUGCAGGUACGAGGUGACAUAGGCUCGGCCCUACGAGACAACGAUACGGUGGUAGUGCGCCCGGUGCAGUUUGGGAGGCUUUAUUGGGGGGCUAUAGUCAUGUACUUCUUCUCUCUUAUUUACGUAUCCACCUGUGCCGUGUUGGUUGAGGCCGGGAGACAAGUAGUUGAGCGGCAUGCAGCUACAUCUCCCCUGGAGAGGUUACCUUUCACGCAAACCCGGGCUUUCCUCAUUGCUUUCCUUGUCUUCUUUAUGGUGAUACUGACCAUUUCUUUUGGAGGAUAUUUCAUGCGACCUCUCCUUUUUCAACCUUUUUUCGCGCUCUUCCUCACCAUGGUGGCGGUGGUCGGGUUUUACCAUGUUGUCUUCCCAAUCAUCGUGUUCCUGGCAGACAAGUACAUCAGAGUAGUGAAUAAAACUUACUGGAUGGUCGAGAGGUUAUCAGUGAUAACGGGCGGAAUGGUAAUAUUCGGCCUCUGGAUGAACUACAGAUCAGUGCAAAACAUCUGGCCCCUGCAGUUACUGAUGUUUGCUUGUGUUGGUGUGGUACCAGUUAGAUACGCUCCAGUUAACUGUAUCCUGAAGUGUGUCGUGUUCACGUUUGUAGCAGUGUUUUUCUCAGUUCUACAGCGAUACAUCCUCCCGACUGUGUCUCCAGGCACGCCUCCUAACUUUGUUGACAUCGUCACUAUACAAGCCAGGAUACCAGACACUUUAUCUCCUGGCUCCCUUUUCUUUCCUGACGCCAGAGAACCAAGCCUGUCCUCGUUUCGAGUUCCACUGUUUGGGGACGCUGCUCCCUGCUCUGGUGUCCUGGACGGCACUUUUGGGAUGACGAACUUCAUCAUCCCGGCAUUGUUUAUCAAAGCAGCAAUGUUAACAGACACCCGAAUAGACAACGAAACGUUUCUGUUAAAAAACUACACGGCGGGGGUCCUGUGCUACUUAGUUUGUCAUAUAGCCGUGUUUGUGUGGAGUUUCGCGGCUGAGACACCAGUUAACUCCAACAUUGUCUACUUGCCAGGAAUAACGAUUGGUCUACUGUUGAAUUCCCUGAGAAUGGGGUACCUGAAAAAGGCGCUCCUCCCUCCCCCGCCUGAGCCUUCUCAACAGGGGGCUGCACCCCCACAACACAUUACGGUGUAUAAAGUCACUGCAGAUGAGCAGAUUUAGCUGUUUGUCUGUUAAAUAUGCUGCUUGCGUAUAAUUUGGAGCGGAUUUUUGAAUAUCAGUACAGAAAUGGAAAUGGAAAGUUCAUCGCCAUAAUAUUAAUAAGGGUAUUGAUGAUUGACAUUAGCGAAUUUAUUUCAAAAUUGCCUCUUGAUCUUCUCUGUUAGUUUUGUUCGAAGUCUAAUCGGAGGGAUUCUUUAUUUUACUAGCAAAUUGAAAUA